AUGUCCAUCCGACCGCCAACAUAUAGAAUGGCUCGUCCAUACUCUGCACGAGGACCCACAUUUAUUUCUCGACCACCACCACCAGGAGGCGUUGGAGCUGGAUUAGGUAAAGGUGCAGGUGGCGGUGGUAUUGCUGGAUUGAUCGGUGGUUUAGCUUGUCCACUACUUUGUCUUGGCUGUCUAUCAACAUUAGCCAUUCUAGGACUUUUUGCAACCAUGAUUGGUGCUGCAGCUUAUAUGAACGGCAUUCAAAGUCAACUCCGUAAAAGUAUUCAAGGUUCUGGUACAAUAAUUGAACUCAAUAUAAUGGUUCUCUUCUGUGCUCUUUUCUGCUCCAUUUAUAUUUUAUCAAAACAUCGUCUUGGUGUUGCUAGCACUUGA